UCAGGGGGCUUCAUAUGUGGGGUCGGGGCGGGGCCACGAUGAGGUCAGAGUUGGUCCGGCCCCAUCUUUACCACCGGAUGGGAACUCGGGGAGCAGGGACCCGAGGCGGGGCUUGUGCCCUGCCCUGGAUGCUGCUGCUGCCCGCUCUGCUGACCCUGAGCCUUGAGGCAGCCCCGACCCCGCAGCCCUUGGGGUCCAGCCCCUGGCAGGCUCCAGGGGAGAAAAAGGGGACCUUGAGGGUACAGGAGGCCAGUGGAUCAGAGGACUGGGCAAGGGAGGCCCAAGGACACCCCAGAGACGGCAUCCAACAAGUGUGCGGGAAGCCAAAGGCAGUAGGGAAAGUGUAUGGUGGCCAGGACACUGAGGCUGGCCAGUGGCCAUGGCAGGCAAGUCUGCUGUACCGUGGCUCACACCUCUGUGGAGCUGUCCUCAUCGACCACCGCUGGCUGGUGUCCACCGCCCACUGCUUUCGCAACAAAUCCCAGGCCCUGGAGGACUAUCAGGUUCUAUUGGGGAACACCCAGCUAUAUCAGCAAACCCAACACACCCAGAAGAUACCAGUGAGCCGGAUCAUCACCCACCCAGACUUUGAGAAGUUUCAUCCCUUUGGGAGUGACAUCGCCAUGUUGCAACUGCACCUGCCUGUGAACUUCUCACCCUAUGUCAUCCCUACCUGCCUCCCACCACCAGACAUGCAGCUGCCCCGUCACACAUCCUGCUGGAUAACUGGCUGGGGCAUGCUCACUGAGGACAGUGAGCUGUUACCACCCUUCUCUCUCCAGGAGGCUGAGGUAGGCCUCAUUAAGAAUGAGCACUGCAAUACCUUAUAUGAUCAAAGAACUGGCAAGGACCACUUGGUGCAGGAGGAGAUGCUGUGUGUCUGGAAUUUCUCUACAGGAAAGUCCAUCUGCCGUGGUGAUUCUGGCGGGCCUCUUGUCUGCUACCACUACGGUGCCUGGGUCCUGGUAGGACUGGCCAGCUGGGGUUUGGACUGUCGGUACCCCACUUACCCCAGCGUCUUCACGAGGGUCACCCACUUCGCUGACUGGAUCAGCACAGUCAAGAAGUUCACUCCUGUCCCAUACUCACUGUCAAGUCCUCCUCCCACGGAUUUUCUGCCCCAGCCUCUGAGAGCUAGAGGCUCCUGCAAGAUUCACAGUGUCCUCAGGCCAGCACAGACCUGCCUCUUGCUACCAUUUAUGCUUCAGGCCCCACAGCAGGCCUGAGGGUGACAACAUGGCCCAUCUGCAUGCCCUCUGUUCAGACCUCUGGUGCUGUGCUGUGGCCUCUCUUUCUCCAACCCAAUGUCAAUAAAUGUUCCUCUUGCUCAGCUUCUGUGCCCAUCAGCUGUCAGUCCCAAACAAAGCCUGGCCAAAGGAACCAAAUAAAACCUCAUCAUCCUUG